AUGCCAAAUUGGCCGUUACAAAAUCGCUUCCCGACACCUGAAGAAUUAGAAAGAUUUCGAAAAGGAGAAAAUCUAACUCCAUUCUGUCCUGUGGAGCCCGAAAGAAAGAAUUGGUUCCUCUUUGACAUUAUGAGCUCGAUUGAGUGGGCGAAGACAUUCUCCGUUUUCCAUAAGUUAAAUCGUCAAGAUCAGGUAUUUCCCUUUUUCAUUGACAUAUAAGA